AUUGCGAAACUGGCGUGUUUUCCAUGGAAGCAGCCAUUUUUAAAUUACUGACGUCAUUGUGCGCGGUGACCUAAGUUCAGAUGCGCAUAUGUAUAUUUCGCGGGAAAGUUGGGUCAGCUGUUGUCAAAUGUUUAUUUACAUACCGACAAUCGACGUCAAAAACCGAUGUAGCGGUCAUAACACACUGUGUGACAGAAUCUUGUAAAGUAAAGAUGGGUCGAAAGAAGAACAUUGCAGAAAAGAAGACGAAGAUAAAAAUGAAUGGUACAACUGCUGUGAAAAAAGAAGACUAUCCAUAUCAUUAUUUUAUUGAAGACUCUGUAAUAACAUCAAUGAGGAAAAGUCUUCUGCAGUGGUACGAUGAAAACAAAAGGGAGUUACCAUGGCGAAAACUUUCACAAUUAGAAGACGCUAAUAAAAGGAGUUAUGCAAUCUGGGUUUCUGAGAUUAUGUUACAACAAACUCAAGUUGCCACGGUGAUUGACUACUACAAUAAAUGGAUGCAGAAAUGGCCGACGUUGCAAGAUUUGGCUAAAGCAAAACUUGAAGAAGUUAAUGAAAUGUGGUCUGGUUUGGGAUAUUACAGUAGGGGUCGAAGGUUACAUGAAGGAGCACAGAAAGUUGUGAAUGAAUUGAACGGUGAAAUGCCAUCAACGGCUGAUCAACUGUUGCAGCUACUGCCAGGGGUUGGUAGAUAUACAUCAGCGGCUAUUGCUUCUAUAGCAUUUAACGAGGUAACAGGAGUGGUUGAUGGUAACGUUAUCAGAGUAUUGGCACGGAUGAGAGCCAUCGGAGCUUGAUAGCACCAGUCAAUGUGUCAUGGAGACAUUUGGGACCUUUCUAACACUAUUGUUGAUACCAAACGUCCUGGUGAUUUCAACCAAUCCAUGAUGGAACUAGGGGCCACUGUCUGCUCACCGAAGAAUCCCAAAUGCAAUGAAUGCCCUGUGAACAAUAUCUGCCAUGCUUUUGCUAAGGUGGAAAAUAAUAGAUGGCAGUCCACACAAAGAUUGUUGAAGAAAGAUGUUAAAAGUGAAGCCUUGGAAGAGGAUGCUGAGACAGAAAUACCUGAUAUUGAAUGUGCAGUAUCUAGUGGAUGUAAAUUAUGUAUUCCAAAUGAUGAAUCAUGGGAUAGUAAUCUGGGAGUUAUGAAUUUUCCAAGAAAAUCAAGAAAAAAACCAGCAAGAGAAGAAAAGACUGCUGUUUGUAUUGUCAAAAAGAGCAGUAAAAACGAAGAUGAGUUUUUACUGAUCAAGAGACCUGAAAAAGGGUUAUUGGCAAACAUGUGGGAAUUCCCAAGCGUACUCCUGGGUGCCUUGGAUAUUUCAGAGAAAAAGAGGCAAGUUGCCAUGGAUACAUACCUCAAGGAAAAUGUUACUAUGUUUAAUAUUAGAACUGUGCAAAAACGGCGUAAUGUGGGGCAGACGUACAUGAUAGAAACACUUACUGUGGACAGUAUGAAGAUAGAAUGUUGUCAUGACGAUCAGCCUACUUGCAGAUGGGUGACGAGGGAAGAUUUUGAUGGUUGUGCAAUUUCAACUGCCAUGAAGAAAGUGAUGCGAGAAUACGAGAGUUCAAUAGGACUACACAGAAAGGGUUCCAUAAAGAGGAAAGCUGAUGGGCCUGUGACCAAUGAAAGGGACAAGAAGAGACAAGUGGGCUUAAAAGCUUUUUUCAAACCAAAGACAACGUGAAUCAGUGGAUAAUUAUAUGUCACCAGUCAUAACUACUGACGUCAGGCUGGAGAUAUACUACAGUCAAAUGUCGAUAUCAUCAGAAGGUUUGAAGGCUAAUCAAUUUUUAAUUUAUCUGAGUGUGUGACAACACGGUUGUCAUCUGACAGCUUAGACAG